AGCAAACCGAUAACACUUUGCACGUUAUCACUGGUUACCAAACGAAACUCAAAACAAGGAAUGUGAAUUAAAACCAAUUUCUAAAUAAGGAAACUAAAAUGUUGCGGUACAGGCAUGCGGUGCGUCUUCUUCAGCAUCGUUCCUACUCGGCCGGGGCAGCCGGUGGCAGUGGAGGCACUGGCGAUGAAGAUAAACACCCGAUUCGGCGUACAUUCCGUUUGUUGGGCAACGAUAUGCGUAAAAUAAAGGAGUUCUUUGUGCCAAAAGACCCGGUUUCCGAGGAUCAAGGCGAAUCCAGGGAGCAUAUCCUCACCCAGAGCAAAUUUAAAUUUGAAGGUGAACGGAAGCGGGAUCCCACACUGCCGGAUGAGUUUCAAACACACUGCGAUGUCCUGGUCAUUGGAGGCGGCGGCAUAGGCAGUUCAAUAGCCUACUGGCUUAAGGAGAAAGCGCGCGAUGGCCUUAACGUGGUUGUGGUGGAAAAGGACGACACGUACGCCAAAGCCGCCAGCCGCUUCUCUGUUGGUGGUCUGUGCCAGCAAUUCUCCCUGCCUGAGAACAUUCAGAUGUCGCUCUUUGCCGCUGACUUCCUGCGCAACGCCAGAGAACACUUUGGCAACGAGGUUCCAUUGCAGUUCACGCCGCAUGGCCACUUGUUGCUCGCCGGUGAGGAACAAGCGGAAAGCCUGAUGCGCUCGUCUGAGCUGCAAAAUGAACUUGGGGCUAGGAACGAGCUGCUGACGGCAGAUCGACUGGCGGCACGAUUUCCCUGGCUGAAUACCAAGGGCAUCGCUGUGGGCUGCCAUGGCCUGGAAAAGGAGGGUUGGUUCAACUCGUUGGCCUUACUCAGCAACUUCCGUCGAUCUGCCAGCGGUAACGGUGCACACUUCAUCAGCGGAGAGGUGGUGGACUUUAACUUCCAUUCCCAAACGGACAUAUCUGUGGUCGGAGAUGCUGGAUCCGAUGAGGGCAACUACACUGGCCUGGACAAGGCAGUCAUACAGCUUUCUGAUGGAACGCGGAGCACCUGCAAGUUUGCCCUGUGCGUGAUAGCGGCGGGAGCCAGUUCCGGGCAGGUGGCUCGACUGGCACGCAUCGGAGAAGGUCCGGGAAUGCUUCAGGUGCCGCUGCCAAUAGACGUGCGCAAGCGUUACCUGUACGCCAUCAACACGCAGGCAGCGAAUGCUCCCGGCAUGGCCAUGCCGCUGACCAUCGAUCCCUCUGGAACGUUUAUACGUCGCGACGGAUUAGGUGGCAACUACAUAUGCGGCCACAAUUUGCCAGAGGAGGCGGUCAGUGAUAACGUGACAGUGGAUCCGCAGCAUUUUGAGAAGCACAUCCGUCCCACGUUGGCAACGAGAGUGCCUUCGCUGGCCGAUGCCAAAUUAAUAGACUCCUGUGCUGGCCUGUACGAGCAGAACGUCUACGAUGAAAAUGGAAUUGUGGGGCCCCAUCCGUACUACCAUAAUCUAUAUGUCGCCACCGGAUUUAGCGGGCACGGCAUCCAGCAGUCGCUGGCCGUGGGCCGGGCCAUUUCGGAGCUAAUCAUGGACGGCCAGUUCCGAACCAUUGACCUCUCACGCUUGAGCUUUGAUAGGUUGAUCGUGGACCAACCUAUGUACGAGUUGAAUAAUGUUCUAAGUUAGGAUUGUUUUGUUGGUGUGCAUUGUAAGCUAAAUGCAACUAUUAUUAUUAACAGAACUAA